GUGUGUGUUUUCAGUGUUCGUCGCUGUGAUGUCGGGUCGUGGCAAGCAAGGGGGCAAGGCCCGCGCCAAGGCCAAGUCGCGGUCGUCGCGCGCCGGGCUGCAGUUCCCGGUGGGCCGUGUGCACCGGCUGCUGCGCAAGGGCAACUACGCGGAGCGCGUGGGCGCGGGCGCGCCGGUGUACAUGGCGGCGGUGCUCGAGUACCUGACGGCCGAGAUCCUGGAGCUGGCGGGCAACGCGGCGCGCGACAACAAGAAGACGCGCAUCAUCCCGCGCCACCUGCAGCUGGCCAUCCGCAACGACGAGGAACUCAACAAGCUGCUGGGCAAGGUGACGAUCGCGCAGGGCGGCGUGCUGCCCAACAUCCAGGCCGUGCUGCUGCCCAAGAAGACGGAGAGCCACCAUAAGGCCAAGGGCAAGUGAGUCCGCCCGGCGCCGCCUGCUGUCGUCUCCGCAAAACCAAAGGCUCUUUUCAGAGCCACCCACCCUGUCGUAUAAAGAGUUGUGCACGUG